AUGAGUUGGACAACAACGUGGGCGAUGUCGUUACCGUCAGUGACGCCUCUCCAAGUGGACACCUUCACUUUCCCUCCGGCUGUUACUUCUCUCGCUUCCUCCAAAAAGCUUUUCCUCGGUGGCGCAGGAGUACGAGGGCUAGAGAUCGAAGGCAAGUUCGUGAUUGUCACGGUGAUCGGAAUUUACCUCCAAGCUAUAGCAGUACCGUCACUCUCCGUUAAGUGGAAGGGAAAGAAUGCAAAGGAGUUAACGGAAUCCAUCUCUUUCUUCCAUCAAAUCAUCACAGGCACAAAACUUAUUUACGUAGAAGUUUAA